AUGGUAUAUUACGCAGUUGUGGAAGGCUUUAAUCCCGGGGUGUAUGACAACUGGCCUGCUUGUGCGGUAGAAAUAAACAGAUACAAUGGUGCUUACUACGAAGAGUUCUAUUCAGCUGAGGAAGCCCUCGACUUUCUUAAUCAAGGAGGGCCGGUAGAAUAUGUGUUUAUUGAUGGAGCAUGCCGAGGAAACGGAAUGUACGAAACGCCAGAAGCUGGUUAUGGUGUAUACUAUGGCCCCUACAGUCACCGAAAUGCGGCAGUUCCAUUAUGGACAGUUGAUCCGGAUAUGCGACCAACUAAUCAGCGUGCUGAGUUAUUGGCACUAACCCACGCAUUAGCUAAUAUAGAGCUAGAUUUGCGGAAUAAUUCUGCUGAACGCCCUGUCCGAAUUUUUUCUGAUUCCCAAUACGUGGUGAAAAGUUUCAAUGAAUGGAGCGAAAUAUGGAGAAAUAAUGGCUGGAAGAAUAAGCUGGGUUUUACCGUAACUAAUUUCGAUUUAUUCUGGAACAUUCUCGUGUACAAAGAUCUUAUAAACCAGGAGUAUGAAGCCAGAGGAUGGUAUGACAUCGAGAUAUGUUAUGUUCGAGGCCAUUGUGGUAACUUGGCAAACUACCAGGCUGAUAGAUUGGCCAAUAGAGGUGCCGAUGGGGAGGACUUUGGCUGA